GGGGCGGGACGUUGGAGACGGAGUGGAUGCGGAGCCGGCGUGUAUGCGAAGGUUAGAAGGAGAGGAGCGGCGGGCUUUAAAUUGCAUCGAGAAACUAACACCUUUGGAGAAGGCAUCCCAAAAUGACGACUGUUUCAGAGUUGGAAGAGGUAAUUCAGCAGCUUCGGCAGCAGCUGCAGGAAUCGGAAAGUGAGAGGAUGAAGGCAGCUCAAUAUGGGCUAGAGCUACUGAAAAAUGAAGCUGAACUCGAUAACAAAUUGACAGAAAUAACAAAUGAAUUUGCUACUGUCCGAGAGCACUUGGAGCAGGAAAAAUAUUCACUACAAAGAGAGGUGGAACUCAAGAAUCGUAUGUUGGACAGUAUGAGUUCAGAUAUUGAGAGCAUCAAACAGCAACAUAAAACUCAGCUGAACCAACAACUGGAACAGCUGGACAGAGUUCAUACUCGUGAAAUUAAUGAACUGAAGAGCAAGUUGGAAAAGCUGAAAUCUGAGAUGGACGAAGCACAGCUCUGUGAGAAGCAGUUGAGACAUAAACUGGAUCGACAGAGUGAAUUACUUAAUGCAAAGAGUGAAGAAUUGAGGAACUUAUCUGAGCGUGCACAGGAAACAAUGUCGUCUGAGGUGAUGAGCCUUCAAAUGGAGAACAUUGAACUUGAAACUGCAAAGGGGAAACUGCAAGAAGACCUUAAUGAAAUGAUGUACCAUCAGGAACAGUUGGAACUAGCUAAUAAUAAGCUUCAACGCCAGGUUGAACGACUUCAAGAGGAGAAGGAGGAACAAGAGAAAGAGACAGUAUCAUAUUGCAAUGCGUUGGAGAAAGCGCGAGUGGCUAACCAGGAUCUCCAGAUCCAAUUGGAUCAGGCAUUACAGGAAGCUCGUGACCCCAACAGUAAAGGAAACUCGCUGUUUUCUGAGGUGGAAGAUCGUAGGGCAAUGAUGGAGCGACAGCUUAUCGGAUUGCGAGUCCAGUACCAAUCGUUGCAGAAACAGCAUGCGUUCUCCCGUCAACAACUUCACCGAAUGAAGGUGCAGAUAGCCACAAUGUUACAAAUAAAGGGUUUGCAGUCUGAUCCUGGACAACUUGAACGUCUUCAAUCUAUGCUUGCACAAAAGAACAAUGAAAUUCAAGCUCUGGUGGUCAAACUGCGACGUUUAGAGAAAAUGGAGAUGAAUUAUGAUGCUGGGGAUAAUCCUAAUGGUGUUGAUGCUUCAGAUUUUGGAGACGGACAGUACUAUGUUGAAUUGCUAAAACUGCAAAUUGACAAUGCCAAAAAAGAAAAUAAGACCGUUAAUGAUGAACUGUCUUUGCAACGCAUGAAGGCUCUUGCAGAGAGUCAACGUGUCUUAGAAGUUGAACGUAAAUUUUAUGCCAAUGAGAGACAGCUGAAACAAUAUCAGAGUGAAAACAUGAAACUUCGAAUCAAGUUGGACGAGUUGAGGCUCAAGUAUGAACCUGAAGAAAUUAAGAACCGGCCAUCAAAUCGCAAGAAGGAGAAACUUCCAUUUGAAGUGCUUGAAGAAACUCAGCUUGCACCCAAUAAGGAUCCUGUUGUUGAAACCACUGUCUCAUCUGAUAAAACAUCUGAUGCUAGAAGCAGACAGACUGAUGCACUGCACAUCGAGAGUUCAGCUUCAUGCUUUGAACCAGUCAUUCAAGCAGUGCCAGCCUCAGCCGGUGAUAAACAAGUUACAGAACUGGAACCCACCUGUAAACAGUCACCUUCUUUAGAAGGCAAACGAGUACGAAUCUUGCAAGAAGUGAAUGAGGUACAAGUUUUGUCUGAACGGAGCCACAAUGAAAUCUCUAGGCCAUCACCAUCUCCAAGAUCCGUGCUGUCUCCAACGGGCUAAACUGGCUCUUCACAAUGUAGAUCAUCCGAUAAAAGACUGCAUCCUCAAUUUUUGUUUUGCUCAAUAACCAAAAUACUGUCUGAAUUGCUAGAAAUUCUGUAACCUGAUGUUUCUGAUCUGUAUUAGAACUUCAAUUCUUAAGAGUCCUCAAAGGAUUUUAUCCCUCCUACCAAAGCACCUUCUUCCUUCUCCCACCCCUUCAUGUUCUCCCCUGUCUAACUCCCACUCCUUUUGUUUCACUCUUUCCCUCUCUGAAUUUGGAUCUCUGGUUAAAAUUUUGUCUUUUUAAAUCUUAUCCCACACAGCACUAAGAAGUUGCAUGCAAUUUGUAAUGGAUGCUAAAUACAACAUUUCUGACUUCCUGAGAACAUUAUCAUGGAAAUGUUUUGCUCACAUUUUGUAGCGCAUUCUUAAGCAGUUACCAAACAUGCUGUGAAAUGCAUACAGCUGCACUGGAAAAAUUCUUCCUGUCAUUCAGCAAUAUGCUUUUUCCACUGCCUUGCUGCUAAUUAUGCUACGAACAGCUUAUUGGCAGAAAUAGCCAUGAAUGGGGUUUGUUAGUUGUAAGAACAUGGUCUUCCCCACAACCAUUUAACAAACUUAAUCUGCCAUGUCUUGUCCUGUUUUAUUUCUGUUGAAGUGGUUAGUAUUUUGUACCCUAGUACUCUGGGUUAUAUUUUUAAAGAUAUAAAGAAUAAAACUAUAAAGUUCAUUAUUGGGAACAGUUGGACAAGUUCUAGAAAGGGAGUAUUACUUCCACAUUUAAAGUUUGUAAUGAAGUCCAGCAGACUGAAGAUACCUGUUGUCAAGCCCUUUGUGUUCAAGUAAACUACUCCAUAUUUAAAAAUCUUUACAUUUUGGUUCUGGUAUGAUCAUUCUUGGCCAAUGUAAUCAUUAAUACUGGUUAUUAUUUCUUCAUGCUGAAUAACAAUAUUUAGAAAUCCAUAUUUCAAAGGAAAUUUACCUGUAGCACUAGCACCACCAAAUGGACGACAAGUACAUUUCUGCUGGUCAUGGAAGAUUAAGCAGAUUUUCUCUCCAUUUAAUAUUUAAAGACCUAUUUAUUACAUAUUCUGAUUUAUUUAAGUGGAAUGUGAUGUUUUAGAACCUGACUGUCAUGCAGGUCAUACUGGGAAUAAAUUGAGAUUUCAGUCUUUUAGAGAAUUUCCUUCAGAUUAAGCUGUAAUACAACAAAAGUUGUUAUUCCUGCCAAUAGGGAAACAGUAUGAAAUGCUUUGCAUGGCAUGUUCAACAUUAAGUAAAAGUUGCAUAAACAGUAUGAUUAGUCUGGGUAACAGUUCAUUAGAGCCCAAUCACUAGCAGUUGCCUAGUUGUCUUUAUAAUUGAGUAUGGGUUGUGCCUGUUAAACAAAAAAAAAAUCAUUGAAGCAUUGUUUUUUUUAACUGGGUGAAGCAUUUUUUUUUACUGUGGGAGCAAGAUUACAUGUAAUUUUAUUUCUUCAAUAGUCAAGUUUCAAAACUGGCUAAGACUCAGAACAUUUGAAAUGCUAUCCAUUCUAAGUUCUGCAUAAUGCUUUGUGCAAAUUUUCUUUUGCCAGUUUUUCUCAGUUAUGGUAACUUCUAACAUUCAAAAUAUAACUUUAUUUUAAAAAGGAUUGUACAGUAGCAUGACUAAAUUUACUUAAUUUAGUUCUUAAUAACUUUGAAUAUAUUAAAUGACUUUUUUCCCCUAAAUACAUCUUUCCCAAAAACCUGAGCUUGGACUUGAUGAUUUUGUAUGAUUCUGUUAAGUGAAAGGCAGAUAUUGUUCUGUGAGCAUGUAAACUAAUGGGCUGAUCAAGUGUUUCUUGACAGUUUAUUUGGAUGUUUUUCAAAAGUAUUUGAAGAAAAACUAGAAAAUGAAGUUGGAAAACUUUAUUGAAAUAAAAUGUAUGUGCUUUCA